CGAGUUCCAAAAACCACUGUUCAUGGCCCCAAAUCCAAUGCCCUUUAUAAGAUUUAUAGCCUUUAGAUCAAUGAAAUCACUAAAGGUUUCAUCUUUCCUUGAAAUUUGUUUUCCUUUCCUCGAGAUUUUCUUCCACACGCAAAUUGGCCCUUUUGUCAGUUUCUUUUCUUCUCUGCGCAUGCUUCUCUCUCUUCCCCCCUCCCUUCUGAUAAGAACAAAAGCUGUAACAAUCUCUCUCGAGCCACUUUCACUGCCAGAUAAACCACUGUAAUCUGUAAAGUCUCAUUGUACUCAAAAGAUUACCCUCUCACCCUCUCUCUCUCUCUCUCUCUCUCUCUCUCUCCGUGUCAUUUCACCAAGCAAAGCAUCAUCUUUCUUCGUCUCGUUUCGCUUUUAACCUGAAUAUCUCCCUUUUUACCCGAUGAAACAAUUUGAUUGACGUGUAAAAGAUACAAAACUUUUUCCUUAUUGUUUCCUCCUCCACUGUUUGAUUCUUUUGCCAUUCACAGUUCAUCUUCUUCCACUGUACCUUUGUCCGUUUGCUGCUGCUACUUUUUACCCAUUUCCUGUAACUUUGAUUGCCGACGAUGCAUUUUUCCCUCUUCGCUCACAGAGAUUCCUCACGAGGGGAAUUACAGAGCCAAAUCAGAAAGUAGCAUUAUUUAGUUCUGCUGUCGGGAUUUCGAGGAAGGAGGAGGGGGUUCCUUUUGUUUUUGGUUCCCAUGGUUAUUUUACAUCUGGGAUAAUGGAAAUUUCAGAUUUUGGGUUUUGUUGAACAACAGAACCAUUGCUGGUUUUUGGGUGAAACGUCUAAACAAUUUUGAAUCUGGUGAUGGGUUUCUUUCUUAAUCUGAGAUUUUGAGGUGAUGGGUUCUUUUUCCUCUAAAAGACGAGAUUUUCUUACACAAUUCUUCAGAGUUUCGUUGAUUUUCCCUGGAAAGAUGAAAUUUGCGCCAAUGGGUCUGUGAGGGAAAGCUAAAAAGAGAAACUUUGUCUGUGCUUCACUGAAGUUUUUGUGUGCUUCGAUUCAUAGCGUCCACAUAAUGGCGGGGGAGGGAAUAAUGGAGACGGCGGAUAAAACGGCGCCGUCUGUGGCCAUAACGGAGAAAAGGGCAAAUCGGCUCGGAGGAUGCGUCGGCAUUUUCUUUCAGCUCUUCGAUUGGAACCGACGCUUUUCCAAAAAGAAGCUAUUUUCUCGGCAACCGCUUCUUCCUGGAAAGCAAGCUUCCAAGAGGUUUGGAGGGAACGAGAAGAUGUCCAAAUCCAAACAUGACUUGAUUGCUGAUGAGAACAGAGGAGGUUUCCCAAAGAGGAGUGAAGUUGAGAUGAGAUCUCCUGGUUUGAUGGCUCGGUUGAUGGGGCUUGAAUCCAUGCCAUCCAUUCACAGAGACAAACCCAAGAAGAAAAAGUCUUCAUUAUCACAGUUUGGUAAUAAAAUUUCUCAGGAAGAUGAGUUGCUUGUCGAGUGUAAUGUGUUUUGUAAUAGCAGUAGUAGUAGUAGGGAAGAAGCCUCGGGAUUUGAGAAAUCAAGGCCGUUGAAGAUUCAGAAGCAUGGAUCAGAGGCUUUGCAGAUUAAGAACGUAUUGACGCAAGUGAGGAAACAUCAUCAGAAUAGACAUCAUCAGUACCAGAUACUGGCUUCUCCGCCGGUUAGAACUCCGAGGCUCCAUCGCAAGAACUCUCGGUGGAUGAAUGCUGCAGCUAGAAUUCUUGAACCGGGAUUGCAAGCUAAGAAAAGCCCGAAAUGCGCUAUCGCUUAUCCGGGCUCUAGAAGUUGUGAAAAUAUCGGGAAAGAUCCAGUAGAAGCUGUCUCACCCGAUACAUUCGGGUUUCAGCACAGUUAUAACCUCACUUCUUGCAAAAACUGCGGUAGUUUCGUCGAUGUUCUGGGCUCGGGUGAGGUGAUUGAGGAAAAGGGACAAGUUUCCGAAUCUUCAUCCUCUUGUCUGAAAGAAAGAAACGUGGCUUGUGGAAAUCAAGAACCUUGUGUGUUUGCUGCUACUAAAGGUGUAAGGAGUGAUUGGAUAACUGAUGAUAAUAAAGUGGAGAGGAAGGCUUUGCGUGUAAACCAUCGCAAGAAUGAAACCGUGUCCUCGGGACUAAGAAACAAAAACAAUUUCCACAAUCAGCUGUUGCAGAGGGAAAGAUAUCCUCAAGAAGCUCGAGUGCAUCACAGUUCACAGAGCAAGAGAUCUUGUUCUUCACCUGAAAUUGCAGUCAACCACAAAGCCAAAGGCUUUUUACCGAGCAGGAACCGUCCAUGCUUUCCAAGAAAAACAGAAAACUCUGAGUUGAAUUUGCAGAGAAACCCUCAUAGCAGAAGAUUCGAGGAUUGUAGUAAGCCGGGGUUAAGCAGCUCAGCAAGCAGAAGAAGGAUAGUUUGUGUUAGUGAACAGGGCCAAGGCGGCACCUUUUCCUGUGGAUCAUCGAGAGAAUCGAAAUUUGGUUUGCCCGGUAAAGGUAAUAGCCGAAGCUGCAGAGAAGUGAAAGAGAGAAAAGGGCUGCAACUUGAUGCGGAUAUGGUCAGAUUGCUUCUUCAUCAAAAGCUGAAAGAACUGGCUUCUCAGCAAGAAGAUGAAACCGGGAGAGGAAGUGCUUCUCAGAGCAAACGAGCUUCUGUUAUUAUCCAAGAGUUGAUAUCUUCUUUAGCAUUGGAGCAGCCUUAUGCAGAAAAAGCUUAUCGGAGAGAAGGCAAAACAGAGGUGGGGAGUCCUCUCGGACAAGCUCACAACAACAGUGACUACACCAGUCCGGGAUCUGUUCUUGAUGCCUCUUUCUCCAACGAGAGUUGCUUUUCCAGUAGUUUGGGCGAUAACUCGGGACAGGUCAGACUGCCUCUUGAACCAACAGAACUAGAUAUGGAUAUUCUUGAAGAUUCUGCAACUUCAAUCAAGAAAUCAAUGACGAGCAACUUCCGCGCAAUCACAGAUCUUAUCAACCACGUCUCGCACCUUCUGCAUGGUCUAAGACACAUGGGUCUCAUACCAACACAGAGCAGAUUCAUCAAUGCAAGAGACGUUAUUAUCCAGACCGAACUAUUCUUUGGAACCCAAGAAGUCUUCCUCAUCUGUCCUAAACUCCUAGAUGAACUCAUGAUCCAAGCUGCCCAAUCCAAGAGUCUGGUUAAAGUCCCAGGUUUAACCGGCGGGUUCCUGGUGGAUGCCAUGAUCGAAUACUGUGAGUUAAGAUACUGCAGACACAUUUUCUCGGGUCUCAAGCAAUGGAGAAUGUUACACUUGCGUGUUGAUUCAAAUGGGUUGAUACGAGAAGUUCUUGAAGAGGCUACUAAGUGGACACAGAUGACCGGGAUGUAUCUGGAAGAGAUUAUCAGCAUAGAGAUGGAGAGAUGGCUAGAUUUUGAAACCUAUGUGUCUGAACUUGGAACAGAGAUUGCUUGGGAGAUACUUUGCUGUUUGGUCGGCGAGAUAACUGCAGAUCUCAGGAAACGCUUGCCGGAAAAUCAUCGGGAAUAGGACCGGUUUUCCAUGUUUUGAGAUUCUUUACCCUUCCUGAACCGAAAAUUUGUCAUCCGAGCCCACCAUUUGGUAAAUGUUAUUCUGAGAAUCAUAGAAUUCAAACUUAUAA